GUUGAUAGAGGAUAGUGUCUUUUAUUUCCACUGCGAGCAAGGGAACUCCUUUUGUAGGAAGCGCAUCCCCAGUCUCAUCUUUAGACUUGUUUGGGCCGCGCGUAAAAGUUGGUUAAAAUGGUAACAGGCGUUGUGGCCACGAUAACGACCCUCCUGUCGUGGGGUUACUGUGUGCUGGCCACGCAGGUCGCCUUCUCCAACUUCUCCGUGGACAACGACGUGCGCUCCAGCUUCAUCCAGCGGCGGCUGCGGAGCCAAGAGCGCAGGGAGAUGCAACGGGAGAUCCUCUCCAUCCUGGGGCUGCCGCACCGUCCGCGGCCGCACGUCCACACUAAACACAACGCCGCUCCGAUGUUCAUGUUGGACCUGUACAAUACUAUCUCUACAGACGCAGAGCCGCCCGGAUACUCUUACUACAAGCCGGUUUUACCGACCCAAGUCUCCCCCAUGGUGACCCCACAGGACAGCCGCUUCCUGGAUGACGCAGACAUGGUGAUGAGUUUUGUUAAUCUCGUUGAUCAGGAUCAGGAUCUCCUGUACCAACAGCACAGAAGAGAAUUUCGGUUUGACCUUUCUCGUAUUCCAGAGGGAGAAGCCGUCACCGCAGCAGAGUUUAGGAUUUAUAAAGAUUUCAUCCAGGAACGCUAUGAGAAUGAGACAUUUAAAGUCAGUAUCUACCAGGUCCUGCAGGAGCCUCCUAACAGUGAAGUGGAGUUGCUGUUGCUGGACCAGCGAGAGGUGUGGGCUGCAGAGGAAGGCUGGCUGGUUUUUGAUGUGACCGACACCAGUAAUGUCUGGCUGGUGAACCCUGAGCAGAACCUCGGCCUGCAUCUGGUCCUGGAGGACAGCAACGGCCAGACUAGGAACUCCCGACUGGGGGGACUGGUCUCAGGCAGUGGACCUCAGGACAAGCAGCCAUUCAUGGUUGUGUUCUUUAAAGCCAAUGAGGUGCGCUUCCGCAGCAUCCGGUCUGCUCACAAGGGGCGCCAGUCUAACCGCUCCAAACCUCAGAGGACCGUCCAAGAUGCACUGAAGGCAGUGGAGGCUGCAACAGAUAACCUUGGCAUCUCCAAAGAAGGAUGUAAAAAGCACGAGCUGUAUGUCAGUUUCAGAGAUUUGGGAUGGCAGGACUGGAUCAUUGCACCGGAAGGUUAUGCAGCAUACUACUGCGAAGGAGAAUGUGCCUUCCCUCUUAACUCCUACAUGAAUGCCACCAAUCACGCCAUUGUGCAGACUCUGGUGCACUUUAUCAACCCGGACACAGUGCCUAAGCCCUGCUGUGCCCCUACUCAGCUCCACGGCAUAUCAGUGCUCUACUUUGAUGACAGCUCCAACGUCAUCCUCAAGAAGUACCGCAACAUGGUGGUGAGAGCAUGCGGCUGCCACUGACCGCUCGAAACCACUCCUGUGACUUUGGCAAAUCUGGAGGGACGUAAAGGAACUAGAGACAAGAGAUGAUUGACUGGCUGGUCAUGAGGGAGCUCCUGCCACAGAACGAGCUUUAUUCUGGCGUACUGUUUGUUUUUAUGACCAGCAGCUGAGCCUCCCAUGCAGUAUUAACCAAGACCACAAACCAAUUAGAGCUAUUGGUAACAGAACGGUUGAACAAAGGGGUUGCUUUUGCUUUUCUUUGAGUCUGAGAAAAAGUGCACUAAAAGGACUCCGACCAUGUGGAGGUACUUCAGAGACUUGAACUAAACAUUCAGUAUUUUCUCUAAUGUGCAACACAUAUUUAUCUGCUAUUGAAUUCAGGCAUUGAACAUUGGGGAUCGGAAUAUAAAAUACUGCUUUGGUGGAAAUGUGCAUUUGGUUACUAAUUUUACAGCUCAUAAAACUUUAAAUCUCCAUCUUCCUGUUGAGCCACUGGACCUUUUUUUCUGGAACACCUGGAUGAACUUAUGUCUGAUGAGAAAGAAAAAAAAAAGGUUGUUCAGCAGGCCAUUUGGACCAGGUCAGGUGUAAGACAUCUGGCAGCUCACGUGUGUACUGCUGAUGAAGAGGAGCUCAGUGGAGAAUGGCAGCCAAAACUGUUAAUAACAGUGCAGGGCUGAAGGCUUUGCCUGAUGGACCUGGUGCAGACAUCUAUCACCAGGCCUGUGAGAGGCAUGCAAUCUGCAAGAGGUCAGUGAUUCAUCUUCAUGAGACGGACAUCGGGGUCUGCAAUGUCGCCCUGACUGCAGCUGCUUACUGGGGUCAGACAUUCAGCUCUGAAGCUCUGCAGGUGAGCAAAUGAAGCUGUAAUUUUAUUUUGUCAGAUUAAAGUAGUUGAAUAAAUAGAAGCUGUAAAACAA